UAAACUCUUUAGUAUUUGAGGAAUGAAAGCAAGGAUAUGUACUUUAAAUCAAUUACUCUCCUACUCUUGACAAUAUGUGGGUCAAUCUCAUUUUCUCUGGAAUACUUGGAUCCUUUCCUAGAAUUCAACCCAUUCUCCCCAGUAAGCCUUCCUGAUAGCGAAGAAGAGGUUGUUACAACCGAACCUAAAACCGUCUCACAAACGUGCAAAAGAAAAAUAUUUCCUUGGGAUUUCAUAGAAAAGAAAAUUGUUGAUGAUAAACUAUAUUCUCGUAGUUGCAAACGUGUAAAAUGCAAUCCAAAAAACAUAACGGAUUUUUUAAAUGCUAGAACACAAGUUCUAAAUAGCUCUCAAUCUAUAAAUACCUUCUCCAUGAACAAUAGGUCCGGUGAUGUAUGUGUGGUGGUAAUGUUUUAUGCCAAUUGGUGCAGAUUUUCAGCCAAAGCAGCCCCACAUUACAAUGCCCUUGGACGACUAUUCUACAACUUAGAUGUAGUAGCAAUCGAUGGUGUUCAUUUUAAUAAUUUAAAUCAAAAGUUUGGCACAGUUUCUGUUCCUAAUAUUGUUAUAUUACAUAAUUCCAAACCAAUAGCGAGGUUUAAUGGGUCAACUAGGAAUUUAGAAAGUAUGAUAUACUUUGUAAGAAAUGUUACAGGUUUAACAACCAACUAUACAAAUUGGACGUUGCUACCGGAAGAUUACUUAGGACCAGUACCAACCGUGGCUUUGGAAAAAACAGACUAUUGUCUCUGGGGAUCUUGGGCUUUUAUUGUUAUUAUUUGUUUAAAAAAAAUAACUAGUUUUGUUAAAACAAGAGCAUUUCAAGGUGAAGUUGAAGUUCACAGACUUGAAAACUGA